GCGCCCCCAGCGCUGUGCCCGCCGCGACCGUGGCGGUGGGCUGAUGCUCCGGAGCGUGCCGGGCGCUCUCUCCCCGCGCGGGGGCACCAGAGCCCUCGGAAGUGUCAGGCACUGCGGUGCAUUUUCCCAGUUCUCUUUUAAAUGACUGCGGAAAAACAGAUUCCGAGCCGCAAAAGGGAAGACGGAUUCUCAGACAAGGUUUGCGAAUGCCCCGCAGCCGUCAUUUAACUGCGCCCGCAGAACUGUUACGGUUUGUCACCCGACCCUCCCGGAUCGCCUAAUUUGUCCCUAGUGAGACCCCGAGGCUCUGCCCGCGCCUGGCUUCUUCGUAGCUGGAUGCAUAUCGUGCUCCGGGCAGCGCGGGCGCAGGGCACGCGUUCGCGCACACCCGCGCACACAUGAACACGCGCAAGAGCUGAACCAAGCACGGUUUCCAUUUCAAAAAGGGAGCCAGCCUCUACCGCGAUUGUAGAAGAGACUGUGGUGUUAAUUAGGGACCGGGAGGCGUCGAACGGAGGAACGGUUCAUCUCAGAGACUAAUUUUCUGGAGUUUCUGCCCCUGCUCUGCGUCAGCCCUCACGUCACUUCGCCAGCAGUAGCAGAGGCGGCGGCGGCGGCUCCCGGAAUUGGGUUGGAGCAGGAGCCUCGCUGGCUGCUUCGCUCGCGCUCUACGCGCUCAGUCCCCGGCGGCAGCAGGAUCCUGGACCCAGGCGCCGCCGGCGGGCGUGAGGCGCCGGAGCCUGGCCUCGAGGUGCAUACCGGACCCCCAUUCGCGUCUAAUAAGGAGCCUGCACCCCAGAGAGUCCCGGGAGCGCCGCCGGUCGGUGCCCGGCGCGCCGGGCCAUGCAGCAACGGCCGCGGCGGAGCUCCGAGCGGCGGUAGCGCCCCCCUGUAAAGCGGUUCGCGAUGCCGGGGCCACUGUGAACCCUGCCGCCUGCCGGAAUACGCUCCGCUCCGGACCAGCUCAGCCUGUGAUACGCUGGACUCCGCGCGCCCGCAGCAAGCACCGAGGAGUCAAGAGAGCCGCAAGCGCGGGGAAGGCCUCCCCGCACAGGUCGGGGAAACCGGCCGGUGCAGCGCGGGGACACUCACUCGGGCUGGCACUGGCUGCUAGGGAUGUCGUCCUGGAUAAGGUGGCAUGGACCCGCCAUGGCGCGGCUCUGGGGCUUCUGCUGGCUGGUUGUGGGUUUCUGGAGGGCCGCUCUCGCUUGUCCCACGUCCUGCAAAUGCAGUGCCUCUCGGAUCUGGUGCAGCGACCCUUCUCCUGGCAUCGUGGCAUUUCCAAGGUUGGAACCUAACAGUAUAGAUCCUGAGAACAUCACCGAAAUUUUCAUCGCAAAUCAGAAAAGGUUAGAAAUCAUCAACGAAGAUGAUGUUGAAGCUUACGUGGGACUGAGAAAUCUGACAAUUGUGGAUUCUGGAUUAAAAUUUGUGGCUCAUAAAGCAUUUCUGAAAAACAGCAACCUGCAGCACAUCAAUUUUACCCGAAACAAAUUGACGAGUUUGUCUAGGAAACAUUUCCGUCACCUUGACUUGUCUGAACUGAUCCUGGUAGGCAAUCCAUUUACAUGCUCCUGUGACAUUAUGUGGAUCAAGACUCUCCAAGAGGCUAAAUCCAGUCCAGACACUCAGGAUUUGUACUGCCUGAAUGAAAGCAGCAAGAAUAUUCCCCUGGCAAACCUGCAGAUACCCAAUUGUGGUUUACCAUCUGCAAAUCUGGCCGCACCUAACCUCACUGUGGAGGAAGGAAAGUCUAUCACGUUAUCCUGUAGUGUGGCAGGCGAUCCGGUUCCUAAUAUGUAUUGGGAUGUUGGUAAUCUGGUUUCCAAACAUAUGAAUGAAACAAGCCACACACAGGGCUCCUUAAGGAUAACUAACAUUUCAUCCGAUGACAGUGGGAAGCAAAUCUCUUGUGUGGCAGAAAAUCUUGUAGGAGAAGAUCAAGAUUCUGUCAACCUCACUGUGCAUUUUGCACCAACUAUCACAUUUCUCGAAUCUCCAACCUCAGACCACCACUGGUGCAUUCCAUUCACUGUGAAAGGCAACCCCAAACCAGCGCUUCAGUGGUUCUAUAACGGGGCAAUAUUGAAUGAGUCCAAAUACAUCUGUACUAAAAUACAUGUUACCAAUCACACGGAGUACCACGGCUGCCUCCAGCUGGAUAAUCCCACUCACAUGAACAAUGGGGACUACACUCUAAUAGCCAAGAAUGAGUAUGGGAAGGAUGAGAAACAGAUUUCUGCUCACUUCAUGGGCUGGCCUGGAAUUGACGAUGGUGCAAACCCAAAUUAUCCUGAUGUAAUUUAUGAAGAUUAUGGAACUGCAGCGAAUGACAUCGGGGACACCACAAACAGAAGUAAUGAAAUCCCUUCCACAGACGUCACUGAUAAAACUGGUCGGGAACAUCUCUCGGUCUAUGCUGUGGUGGUGAUUGCGUCUGUGGUGGGAUUUUGCCUUUUGGUAAUGCUGUUUCUGCUUAAGUUGGCAAGACACUCCAAGUUUGGCAUGAAAGAUUUCUCAUGGUUUGGAUUUGGGAAAGUAAAAUCAAGACAAGGUGUUGGGCCAGCUUCCGUUAUCAGCAAUGAUGAUGACUCUGCCAGCCCACUCCAUCACAUCUCCAAUGGGAGUAACACCCCAUCUUCUUCAGAAGGUGGCCCAGAUGCUGUCAUUAUUGGAAUGACCAAGAUCCCUGUCAUUGAAAAUCCCCAGUACUUUGGCAUUACCAACAGUCAGCUCAAGCCAGACACAUUUGUUCAGCACAUCAAGCGACAUAACAUUGUUCUGAAAAGGGAGCUAGGCGAAGGAGCCUUUGGAAAAGUGUUCCUAGCUGAAUGCUAUAACCUCUGUCCUGAGCAGGACAAGAUCUUGGUGGCAGUGAAGACCCUGAAGGAUGCCAGUGACAAUGCACGCAAAGACUUCCACCGCGAGGCCGAGCUCCUGACCAACCUCCAGCAUGAGCACAUCGUCAAGUUCUAUGGCGUCUGUGUGGAGGGCGACCCCCUCAUCAUGGUCUUCGAGUACAUGAAGCACGGGGACCUCAACAAGUUCCUCAGGGCACACGGCCCUGACGCCGUGCUGAUGGCUGAGGGCAACCCGCCCACGGAGCUGACGCAGUCACAGAUGCUGCAUAUAGCCCAGCAGAUCGCCGCGGGCAUGGUCUACCUGGCGUCCCAGCACUUCGUGCACCGCGACCUGGCCACCAGGAACUGCCUGGUCGGGGAGAAUUUGCUGGUGAAAAUCGGGGACUUCGGGAUGUCCCGGGACGUGUACAGCACUGACUACUACAGGGUCGGUGGCCACACGAUGCUGCCCAUUCGCUGGAUGCCUCCAGAGAGCAUCAUGUACAGGAAAUUCACGACAGAAAGUGACGUCUGGAGCCUGGGGGUCGUGUUGUGGGAGAUCUUCACCUACGGCAAACAGCCCUGGUACCAGCUGUCAAACAACGAGGUGAUAGAGUGUAUCACUCAGGGCCGAGUCCUGCAGCGACCCCGCACGUGCCCCCAGGAGGUGUAUGAGCUGAUGCUGGGGUGCUGGCAGCGAGAGCCCCACAUGAGGAAGAACAUCAAGGGCAUCCAUACCCUCCUUCAGAACUUGGCCAAGGCAUCUCCGGUCUACCUGGACAUUCUAGGCUAGGGCCCUUUUCCCCAGACCGAUCCUUCCCAACAUACUCCUCAGACAGGCUGAGAGGAUGAACAUCUUUUAACUGCCGCUGGAGGCCACCAAGCUGCUCUCCUUCACUCUGACAGUAUUAACAUCAAAGACUCCGAGAAGCUCUCGAGGGAAGCAGUGUGUACUUCUUCAUCCGUAGACACAGUAUUGACUUCUUUUUGGCAUUAUCUCUUUCUCUCUUUCCAUCUCCCUUGGUUUGUUCCUUUUUCUUUUUUUAAUUUUCUUUUCCUUUUUUUUUUUUUUUUUUUUGGUCUUCCCUGCUUCACAAUUCUUACCCUUUCUUUUUAAUCAAUCUGGCUUCUGCAUUACUAUUAACUCUGCAUAGACAAAGGCCUUAACAAACGUAAUUUGUUAUAUCAGCAGACACUCCAGUUUGCCCACCACAACUAACAAUGCCUUGUAUUCCUGCCUUUGAUGUGGAUGAAAAAAAGGGAAAACAAAUAUUUGACUUAAACUUUGUCACUUCUGCUGUACAGACAUCGAGAGUUUCUAUGGAUUCACUUCUAUUUAUUUAUUAUUAUUACUGUUCUUAUUGUUUUUGGAUGGCUUAAGCCUGUGUAUAAAAAAGAAAACUUGUGUUCAAUCUGUGAAGCCUUUAUCUAUGGGAGAUUAAAACCAGAGAGAAAGAAGAUUUAUUAUGAACCGCAUUAUGGGAGGAACAAAGACAACCAUUGGGAUCAGCUGGCAUCCGUCCCUACUUAGGAAAUUCUCAGCAACUGUUAGCUGGGAAGAAUGUAUUCGGCACCUUCCCCUGAGGACCUUUCUGAGGAGUAAAAAGACUAUUGGCCUCUGUGCCAUGGAUGAUUCUUUUCCCAUCACCAGAAAUGGCGGCGUGCAGUAGAGAGCAAAGAUGGCUUCCGUGAGACACAAGAUGGUGCAUAGUGUGCUCGGACACAGUUUUGUCUUCAUAGGUUGUGAUGAUAGCACUGGUUUGUUUCUCAAGUGCUACCCACAGAACCUUUGUCAACUUCAAUUGAAAAGAGGUGGAUUCAUGUCCAGAGAUCAUUUCGGGGUCAGGUGGGAAACCAAGAACUUGGAAAAGAUAAGACAAGCUAUAAAUUCGGAGGCAAGUUUCUCUUACAUUGAACUUUUCAGAUCUCACUUCCCUCCGACCCCUAACUUCCAUGCCCACCCGUCCUUUUAACUGUGCAAGCAAAAUUGUGCAUGGUCUUCGUUGAUUAAUACCUUGUGUGCAGACACUACCGCUCCAGACAUCGUUCCCCUGAUAGGUAGAGCAGAUCCAUAAAAAGGUAUGACUUAUACAAUUAGGGGAAGCUAAUGGAGUGUAUUAGCUGAGUUUCAAUGUCUCUGGGUUGUACGGUGGUGAUGGGUUUUAAUGAAUAUGGACCCGGAAGCCUGGAAAUCCUCAUCCACGUGGAACCCAUAGGACUGUGGGAAGGGCAGAAUCAAUCCCUAAGGGAAAGGAAACCUCACCCUGAGGGCAUCACAUGCACUCACAUUCAGUGUACACAGGUCAAGUCCCUUGCUCUGGGCUCUGGUUGGGAGAGUGGUUUCAUUCCAAGUGUUCUCCAUUGUCAGUAUGCUGUCUUUGUUUCCUUCACUCCAUUCAAAACGUCAAAAUACAAAAUUUGGCACAGCAUGCCAACGGGAGGCUGUGCCCAGACCAAGCACUGGAAGUGUGCUUCUGGGCAUAGUCACUGGUUUUGCAAAAAAGAGGGCGCAAAUUUAAAUAGAAAUUUACAGCUAUUUGAAUGGUCAGAUAUACCAAGAAAGAAAAAUAUUUCUGUUCCUCAAGAAAACUUGCUACCCUCUGUGAGGGGAAUUUUGCUAAACUUGACAUCUUUAUAACAUGAGCCAGAUUGAAAGGGAGUGAUUUUCAUUCAUCUUAGGUGAUGUUAUUUCUUAUUUGUUUCUGAAGGUGCGAUAGCUCUGUUUUAGGUUUUGCUUGUGCCCGUUAAUUACUGAAACACCUUGUUUUUCAUUAAAGGCUUGGAAAGUCAAUUCUCAAAAAUUCAAAAGUGUAAAUUAACAGAGAACAAAAGGAAAUCCAGUAGCAUCUGCAGUCAAGCGAGGGAGAUGACAAGAUGAACCUUAUGUCCAUUGAAGUUAUAUGCUGACCUAUGAGAGAUAAGAGUUGGGUCGUUUGUUCUCUUUGUUGGUGAUUAAAAAAAAAACAACAACCCUUCAGAAUACAUAUAAUAACAUAAUGAAAGCCAUAUCUCCAUGAUAUAUACGUGCAUGUAUGUAUCAUAUUAAGGGCCCAUGGUACUGUUAAAACACUGUAGAACUCUGUGACGUAGUAAGGAAGGGGCAGAUUUGUACAAAAACUUUUCUAGAUUCCAUCAGCGAUGACCUGAAAACCAACACAGGUUUGUCAUUCUGCAUGUCUGGCCAGCUGCUCUCAGGGGAGAAGCUACAAGUUAUUUAUUUUAUUUUAAGACAGCAAAGUAGGUAAUAAUUUAAGGGAUCAAAUUCAAGGAGGGCUGUGCAGUUUUAGAGCAAAGAUUUGUUUAAGGCCAAUGAGACUUUGGGAGCAUCCCAUUCCAGUUUUGUCUUUUUUUUUUUCUCUGAAAGAAAAAAGCAAAAAAUAAAAUAAAAUUCCACUUAUUCCUUCUGACAAGUCCCUAAAGGUCUUGAAAUAAAAGGUUCUAUGCAAGUGCAAAGUUUUAUAGUUAUUUAUAUUGCUGAUUAUUACUAUUACUAUCUCUGUUGUCUUAAGAGUAUGUGCUGAUUUCAGAGACAUCUCAAAUUGAAAGAAUAUCAGAUUGCUUUUAAAGUAGCUGAAUGAGCCACAGAAUAUCUGAAAUUAUUCAUUGCUGUUCCUCCACCACCCCCUUUCUCAUGGUCUGAUUUUUAGAAGAGUAGCAUCCUCGUUCUAAAAUGUCAUGACCACCAAAUAUGGCCUUCCAUCAAAGUUGUGAAAACUACAGUAUAACAGUGACAAACCUAAUUCUCUAGCCCAAACCUGGUCUGACAAUCAUUUCCAUUUAGAAGUCAUUGAAUAGUUUUCCAAACACUUUCCAUGUGUGUUAGCCAAUUAUUUCUAUUUUGUGUAGAUGAGGACAUUGAGACUCAGAGACCCUCAGAAGCAUGCUAGAGGUCUCCAGCCUAGCUUCCGGCACCACUGGGACUGAAUCCAAGUACUCUCACUCUGAACUUCAUGGUUCUGUCCGCUAGAGACUCUAAUAUACAAACAAGCAGUUCAGGAAGGAAAGCACGCUAACACAUUCACGAAGCAGUAUAUGAAGUUAGAAGAACACAAGGAAAUACAGGAGAUGACAAGCAGCUGAGAUAUUGUGAUAUGUAAUCAUGCUCUUAUCUUCAGCUAAAUUCAGCUAAAUCCUUGUACACUGAACCAAUGUCAUAAUCAGGCUUAUUUAGAAAACACUUUGAACUAUGCUAUAAAAGAUUAUAUCAGAAUUCAUAUUAUACAUGUGUUCACAUCAGCACUACCUGUGAUAUUUUCAUGUAUUUAUAUGUGUUAUAAAUACUUGAUUUAUACAUAUACAAAUGCACAUACAUGGUGUGUUUGUCUGUUUAUGUAUAAAUUUAUAGGCACACAAUAAUAGAGAUAAUUAUAAGUAGGGUGAGGUAUGAAUAAUUUGCUUAAAAUAUGCUAAAUAACCAAAACUGUUUAACGUCAUGUUGCUGUUAGUGCUUCCGUUCUCCAUGUGGGUAGGACUACAUCACACUUUUCAACUCUGUGCAGUACUGCAUGGGUGGAAGACAUAUUUAAGAUAAUGUGCUUCCCAAAACAACUGAAUAAAAGCCAUCCCACUACACUGAGUGCUUUCUCUGGCUCCUUGCAAAGGAAGAUACUUUUUGUAAAGGUCCAGGAAAGGAACAUUGCUUUCUUUUUGUCUUUCAGCACAUUUGUAUUAUGCUCACCUUGUCUUUGUCCCACUGUGACCCCUUGACGCUUGAGUUCAGAGUUCAAGCAUUCCAAAUGUAAAUUGGAAUGUUGGCAGCCCAGUGUCUCGAAGGCCAAUGAUGAGCUGUCCAAGACCCCACAGUGAGAUGAGCAACUCUUAGGAAUUCCCACAUCCGAGAGUGAAUACACCAACUAACAGUAUAGAAUGUUGUCCUUUCCAAAGCGUCCUGACUGCAGGAUUACCUGGUCAAGAAUGGACUUUCUUUGAAUCUUUCUUUUUGCAAAUUGGACAGCCUGUAAUACCAAUACCAUUGUUGUAUCUAACUAAAUAAAUGACUGCAUAUACACACGUACCCUCAAUUUUCUUGCUUCUCCAUUUUCUUUUUCCUCCCUGGUUUCAGGACUUUUAUUUUCAAUGUUGACCUUUGGUUUGGCCAUAUAUCACUGUUACAGGAAAUCUCAUGAGAGGAAUGGCUAGGGACCCAACUCUCCAAAUGUCUAAGUUAGCAGUUACAGCUGAUUUUUUAUGAUGCAUAAUUGGAAUGUGGAGCCUCUGAGGUUGUGGUAGCUUGUACAUGAAUUUCAAACGUUAUUCUAAAGAACGAGGGGUGGGAGGGAUUUACAGUUAGAAAUGACAGUGCAGGAAGGGGCAUUUUCUUGUUGUCAGGGCUGGAAUGAAUCACUGCUGCUCAAGUCAAAGGUUCUUGAAUAUGCUUAGUUUUUGCAUUCCCCCCCUUUCUUUUCCUUGACCUUUAUUUAUUUAAUUAUGUAUUUAUUUAUUUAUAUACUUUUGCUCCAUUCAUCACAAACACAAAGCAAAGCAAAAAAAAUUACAUAUAUAUAUAUAUAUAUAUAUAUAUAUAUAUAUAUAUAUAUCUGUAUAUGUGUUGUAGGCAAAACACUGUGAAUUUCACAACCACCACCAAGCAACUAUAUUGCCAUCUUGACAUACGUCUCAGGAGACGAAAUGAGAAAAGAUGGGGAUGUCAUUUUUUAGUCUAUGCGUUCGAGGCCAGGUCCAUGUUUAUUUCUUUCUUUAGUCUAUGCAUUAAUGAAAAUGAUCCUGAGUGGAGGUUAGUUGAACGUUCAAUGUACUGGAGCAAGCAUCAUAAAAGCUGCUAGUAGCCGUGCGUUUGAACAGGAAAAAAAAAAAAAAAUUAGGGAAAAUGAAAUGUAAAGGCCUGUAUCUUACAGCUUGUAUAUCUUCCUAUUGCUUUAAAAAUGUAUAAAACAGCUGGAAAUGUUUUAAAUACAAGGUCUUUGAAUUAAAUGUGGCUUUUAAAUAUGUAAUCCCUUGACACAUGACCAAAUUAUGGUGAACUAUAGCUCCCUGUGUUCUUCAAUCAAUCCCUAUAACUUACAAAUCUGCCUGGAGAUGUGGACAUUCAGCGUUCGCUUCUGUAUCUGGAGAGAUGUUUGUAUAUAUCCAGGCCGUACACACACAUUUCCAUAUCUCUCUGCAGAUAUAUUUCCCCUUCAAUUGUGACCUGGUAUUUGGAACUCUCCUUUUCAUUUGGUUUCUCUUCCUUUUCAUGUGAUGUCUCUGUGCUAAUACCAGUUCUUGUUUUGCAAUCUGUUUUGAGGUCCAUUGCUUUACUAAGACCCACUGCAUCUUGGCUGAUUUCAAAGUGACACCUGAAUACAGUGUUUAAAAAAAAAAAAGUUUUGUUUGUAAAUCAUGUGACCAGCUUCUCUCAACCUGACAUGGAAAGUCUCUUGUACUACAGUGUAUUUAAUAAAAAUGAUGUCUUACAAUAAAUAACAUACUC